AUGUCUCCGAGGCAGUCGCAUACAUUCGGCUCGGAGUGCGGAAGAAGCAAAAGGGAAGCAAAAGAAGAGACGCCGCAUGUCUCAAAUAUCACCGAGGUAUGCGCCUUCCAUGUCGAUGAUCCCCCGCAAAUGCCACAGUCACAAUCUUGGCUUAGCUGA